AGAGGAGAGGAGAGGAGAAAAGGAGGGCUGCGUAAAGUGAGCAGUGUUGUUGCCCUUACAGCUGCUGUUCUCUAUAUUUCUCUAUAUUACGUUUAAGAUAUAGGCUACGUUUAUAAUCUUUCCGUUUCACUUAUUUAGAAGGCGUUUGGCAUUAUACAGGGGAAGCGCAUGGAGCCUCCAAUUCUGCAAAACUUGAGCUUUAUGGUGGAACCUGCUGGACUUCUGACCAACUGGAGCGGAGGCAGCGAGCCGAAGGCGGUUAGAGGCAGCGCUGCGGUCGCUAUCGCUGUGUGCAUCACAGCGCUGUACUCUGUCAUCUGCGUGGUGGGACUGUUUGGAAAUAUUCUGGUUAUGUACGGUGUGGUCAGGUACACAAAGAUGAAGACAGCUACCAACAUUUACAUCUUUAACCUUGCUUUGGCCGAUGCAUUAGCCACCAGUACUUUACCCUUCCAGAGUGCCAAAUACCUCAUGAGCACCUGGCCAUUCGGGGAGCUCUUGUGUAAAUUAGUCAUUGCUAUUGACUACUACAACAUGUUUACCAGUAUUUUCACUCUGACAAUGAUGAGUGUAGACCGUUACAUUGCCGUGUGCCAUCCAGUGAGAGCCCUAGACUUCCGCACACCCAUCAAAGCAAAGAUCAUCAACAUAUGCAUAUGGAUUCUCUCCUCAGCUGUUGGCUUCCCAGUCAUGGUUAUGGCAAAUACUAAAGUGACAGACACAGGUAAAACAGUCUGCACGUUGAAGUUCCCAGACCCAGACUGGUACUGGGAUACUGUGACCAAGAUCUGUGUUUUAAUUUUUGCCUUUGUGGUUCCUGUUUUCAUCAUCACUAUCUGUUACGGCCUAAUGAUCCUUCGCCUCAGGAGUGUGCGCUUGCUGUCCGGCUCCAAAGAGAAAGACAGGAACCUUCGGCGCAUCACCCGCAUGGUGUUGGUGGUGGUGGCAGCCUUCAUCAUCUGCUGGACCCCCAUCCAUAUCUUCAUCAUCAUCAAAACCAUGGUGGAGAUCGACCAGAAGAAUCUGCUUGUGGUCGCUUGCUGGCAUCUGUGUAUUGCUCUGGGCUACAUGAACAGCAGCCUCAACCCAGUCCUGUAUGCAUUUCUGGAUGAAAACUUCAAGAGGUGCUUCAGAGAAUUCUGCUUGCCCUUUCGCUCCCACAUGGAGCAGAUCAGCUUUUCCAGAGCUCGUAAUGUCACGAGAGAGCCCAUCUCGGUGUGCGCCAAGUCUGAAUCGAUGAAACCACCCACAUGACUAGACCUGGAACAGAUGCCUUCUGAUACACAUCCAAGCACACAGAAACAUCUGAAGUCUGAUGUCACCCUGAUCUCCACCACUGAGUUUUAAGCUCCUUUGAGGUAAAUGCAACCUGACAAGCCCAUAUACUGAAGGUAAAAUGCAUGUUGUGGGUUCAUUAGUCAUAUUUUUCUACCUUUCUUAAUUAAUUUCACUGUGUGGGAAAGCGAAGGAUGGCUCUAAAAUGAUUUGAUGAAAUUUUUUCCUAAGUGAGGAAACGAGAUCAUUCGGACCAUCAAGAUUGUAAUCAUGUUUUGGGAAAGACAUCAAAUAUGUGGUCUUGAAUGGUCAACGGGAAAUUUACAUUCAUUAGUGGUAUAUGAGCCAUCAAAGUGGAUUCCCAUAAUCAGAUUUUUAAAUGAAAGUGAACGCAUUUUUCCUGGGAUUUUGUAACUGAAAUACAAGUGUCCGAACAAUGUACUAAAUACACAAAUUCAUUUUCUCAAGAUUCAAGACUCUUAGAUUCACUCAAUCUUGUUUCACUGACCAAUGAAAUUGUACAGAGGCCCUUUUCUACUCUAUAAAACAGGAUUUCUUUAAACCUGGGGAUAAAGCUAUAUGGAGAAAGACAGAGAAUGAACCAAAAUUUCAUCUCAAGGUUUGCAGGAUAGAUUUGCACAAAUGACAAGGUUACUUCCCUCAGGAAGGCUGUUAAAACACACUGUUACAUAAACUCUCAACACAUUAUUCAUUUCAUGGUGCUUGUUAAAGUGUAAUUUUGUAAUUUGUGCUGCUAAUAAAGGUGUUUGAUGACCUUUGACUAUGAAGUAUACAGUGUUCAUACUAAGGGCAUACAAUAUGUGUAGAUGUGCUCUGAGAUUAUCAAAGAUGGGCUUUUCGAUAUUUUAAUCUUAGUUCUUGUACUGAAGUAUUUAGUGCAACCAUUCUUGCAUUUCACUGUCAUUUGCUCAGAAUGGCUGUUUUUUGACCUUCUUCAAAUUCCAAAGUCGAAGUGACAUUUAAUGAAUCAUUUUGUGAUAUUAGUGUUUGAUUCUAAAUGUCAGCUGUUUUGUAAAAGGAGAGAGAGUUUAGUUUCUUGAGCUGUUAUAGACAAACUUUUUCCAGUCAAGGAUUAUGUAUUAGCAGUGAGUAUUGCUUUGCUGUAGAACCUGUAUGUACUUUUGUGCAACUGUCGCAUAUUUCCUCAUGUUUAUAUUUUUAAGGGAUGCAUGGCAAUUAGACAUCACAAAGUACACAAUUUGUUUAUAUUGUGGAAGAAAAAAAAAUUAAAAUUGUUCUGUAGAUUGCAUGGAUGUUGGCAAAA